GCUCCACCACACAGGCCCCGCCCACAAGCCUGUCGCAAAUAGCAGGUGACAAAAAGAUAAUCUCAAACCCGAUGCAAUUCUGUUCUUUUACACGAUCAUCUUUCCUCUAUAUUUAAACUAUGCUAUACACGAUCAGCAGAUCAGAUUUGCCGUUAGUUUAAUGAAGAUUCGUUUUUUCGCAGUUAGGUAGAUGGAUGAGCAUCAGUGCUAAAAACAAACACUCAGCUUGAACCCGCAUCUCUUUUCUAAUGCGGUUUCUCGGAUUGGACACUUUCCUCACGCAUGAUCGCGGUAUUGAUCUUAUGAGACAUGCAGGACGACUAUAACGUGGAGAUCGGAUUCGUGAAACAGAUCCUUAGUUUGAAUCUGGUGCCGAGGAAAAAUGUCACCAACUGCGGGAGGAACGACACCUCUCUGUGCAAUUUCUCCGAGAUGUGGUAUGGGGUGUUCCUGUGGGCUGUUGUCUCCUCGCUGGUGUUCCACCUGCCAGCUGCCCUCCUGGCCCUCGCAACACUCCGCAGACAUAAGAUGGCACGAUUUUUCCCCAUCGGCAUCCUACUAAUGGGCAUCAUAGGCCCGCUGUUUGGAGGGGUUCUCACUAGUGCAGCCAUAGCAGGGCUCUAUAAGGCGGCUGGGAAAAGUAUGUUCUCCUUGGAGGCCUUGGUGUUUGGGGUGGGACAGUCUUUGUGUGUUUUUAUAAUUUCCUUCUUUAGAGUGCUGGCUACGCUGUAGCACUCAGACACUGGCACACCAGGCUGCCGUCAUGAGGAGGAAACUGUUCAGUCACCUGGGCGUCAUAUGCAAAACAUGGAGGCCUUACUUACCAAACAGUCCCAACAACCUGUUUCUUUUGGUACAGAACAAUGUUAUUUCUUUUUAUUAUUAUUUCUUGUGAGUGCGUUGUGAUAAGGCAAAGUAACAUAGCACUUUUCACUCAAAUGAAACACUAGAGCAAGCUUUACCCUUGCAUUACAGGUGGAGUCAUAUUGCACAUGUAAUUUGUUAACUGAUCAUGUCAGGAGUCUCACAGAAUUUAUUAAGUCUUUUUGUAUGUUAAUUUUAUUUCAUUGUCCUUAACACUAAAAUGUACUUAAACAUUUUUGGAUGAGGCAAAGACUUGGUGUUUUUAGUUUUGCUCUGUAAAUACUAAAGCCUAUUCUAUCUUGCCCUUAAAUUAUGCUUGAGGGGAACCAAAAACUUUGCACUGAUUAUAUUAAUCCUGUAGGCCAAAGGCUAAACAUUUGUUUCAAGUUUCUUUCUGUCUCUUUUUCUUCCUCAUAAUGUUUUACAUAUUUUUUACCCCUGAUUGUGGGUAUGUUUGAGGAGAUUAUAGUAGAACACAAAUGUAUUGGCUUUGACAAUGAAAUCUCUUCACAGCAUACAAAUUCCUUGCUGGCGUUAAGUGGCUUUUUUUGCUCAAAUGACAUGAAUUUAUUUUUCCUCCUGGGUUUGGCCUUCACAUUGUUAUGUAUACGUUACAGUAAUACAAUAUAGCUUUGACAUUUAUUUGCCCAUAAGAUUGUGUAUGUGGCAGUCUCACCUCUUAAUGCCUAGUAUAUGAAUGUAAAUCAGAUUUCAGAUAAAUCUAUAAUAGGAUAACUUGUACCUUCACCAAAGACAUGGUAACAUUAAUCUAAAGCUGUUAUAAGUCUAAGAUCCUGUUAUUUUCAAUAUUCCUGCAGAGAAAUUUAAUAUGGACAGAAUUUUAAUGACUUAAUCCAACUAAAUCACAGAAUGUAAAGUUAUAAACAAUAUCAGAGUCUGAAACUCAAGAUUAUGUACAUAAGUGUACAUAGGUAUACAAAGUAAGAAGUUAAUAUUCUCCUUUUAUCUUGUUAAGCAAUUCAACAAAUCACAAUACUUAAAGAUGCAGGGCUUCAAGGAACACUGGACAGUGAUUUGAAGUGAACUUUGUAUUUUGGCAGAUCUUAAUACACAGUAGCAGAGUUGUUAGACUUAACUUACAAAUUAUAAGCCUACAUAGAUCACAUCUAAACCAAACCAAAUUCACAAAUUUUAGUUCAAAAUUUCUUCUCAGUAUUAGCAUUUGUAGAUUGUGUUCUCCCAUAUUACAAGGCCUCAGGAAGUUGUAGUUUUUCAUUCUAAGCUUUUAAGGUGUGGAUUGAUGGGAAACAGACUAAUCUUUCAUGAAUGGGGCAUUAACAUUAGUGGUGUUGCUGUUGGGACACACUGAAAGCUAUCUCUAUUUGUUUGAGCCUAUGGUCUCUCAAUUGCACAAAUGAAUUUAUUUUUCUAAAGUCUGAUCAUUCAUGGUAGAGUGACUGCUCAUCGUUUUUGUGGUUUGUCUUUGAUUGUAUGGUCUUUUUGAGAAAUGGUUUAGUCUUUACAGCGUGAUACUUUCCAUUUAAUUUUUUUUCUGGGCAAGUUUAAUUUUCUUACUGUAUAAUGAGUGACAAUUGUUAGUAUUUUCAUGAAAUAAAAUGGUUUAGAUUAUAACACCACCACCUUUUUAUAUCUGCGAACAUGAAUGUUGAUUUUUGUCUCCUUAAAGGGAUUGUUAACCCAAAAAUGACAUUUUGUCCCAAACCCAGAUAAAAUUUUCCCAAUGGAACACAAAAGGAGGUGUUGUGCAGAAAGUUAGGGACAGUCCCUAAUCACUUUCAUUAUAUGGAAAGAACAAGUAAGUAAAAUUUGUCCGAAUUUUAUGUUUUUGAUGCAAUGUUUGCCAGGAAACUAACUGUUCGGCCUGAGACCUGAAAAUAUCUGCUCAAGAGGUCAUAAAAAUACAUUUAGUUCUGUUACAAACCAAGGGCGGUACUCGUGCCACUCUUAUCUCUAGUUUAGUUCUGCUUCUGUUCUCCAUUACUUCCAUUCUCACAGAUGGCUCUCCUGUGUUCCAUUAACAUUCACCAGCCAAAUCUGCAGAAGCACCACUUGCUGUGUACUGAAGGGAGUAAUGUGGUGUUACCAGGGCGUGGAAACUCAAACAGAGUGAUGACUCAAAUCAUGUGGGCUUUUCUGCUAUCAAGAGGAACCACCACAACAACAGCAAACAAUUGUGUGAGGGAUUCACAUCGAUCACAAACCUUCGCCGUUCAAGAACAAACAACUGCGAGCCGGAAGAUUCAGCUCCAUUCCUGCUUGGUAUCGGACUCCUCUGCUACAUGUCACUGAGAGAUGAUGACUUAAUGCAGCCAGCCAGCCAUCACUUCAGUCUAUUAUGAUGGACUUCAGAGGAUGAACUGAUGCCAACUCCAACCAUAUGACAUGGGAUACUUCAUAUGCCACUGCCUGAACCUUGGAUUUAGGAUAGACCUCACUGAAAUGACCUGCUGGUUGAACUGCGAUGCACGUCACUGAUCUCUGCCUGCAUCACCUUGGUCUAAUGAUGGACUACACUCUUAAAAUGGAAUACACAGACUCAAUUAAUUGCCAACAAAAGCCAUCAUCAGCCAACUAACAAAGGACAAUGCAUCUAUGUGAACUUCUGCGGUUAAUCCAGGAUGGAUUUAGACAUUAGUCAUUAAUCUUACAUUUCAUACAAAAUCUUUGUUUAAACACUGACCCUUAACACUUACUUAGUUUAAUCAUUUUAAACCAUGACUUGCGCUAUACAUAAUUAAUAUUGGCGUUGUAUUCAUGUUGUUUAGGCAGAGGGGAAAUGGCCCCCACAGUGAGCCUGGUUUCUCCCAAGAUUAUUUUUCUCCAUUAACCAACAUUUUAUGGAGUUUUGUGUCCCUUGCCACAGUUACCUUCAGCUUGCUCACUGGAGUUCUAAAUACAAUUAUUAACUAUUUAAUUAUUUAUUGGUAUACACAAUUUACAAUAAUAUUUAAUCAAACUACACAAUGAUUACUCUAAGACAUUAUAGAUAUUACAGUUUCAUUUUCUGUUAAUGCAUGAUUUUCUGUAAAGCUGCUUUGAAACGAUGUGUGUUGUGAAAAGCGCUAUACAAAUAAAAAUGACUUGA